CAGUAGAUGUCCCCAUAAUUGUUGGGAAAUUGCUGUGGCGCGUGCAAGUAAUUAUAAGCUUGUGUAUUUAGUGGAUUUAUUUUUACCUACUUUUUCUUCACAUUUCUUCAAGUAUUCAUAAUGCAGUAAGACAGGGUUUAUUUGAUGGGUUUAUUGAAUAUUUAUUCCAUGUCAGUGGUGUAAGUGUGUGCAGGUUAUAGCUGAGCAGCCUCGGUAGGUUUCCACGCACGGACACUGUUACUUUCGUUUUCACGUCGCGGAACAAACGGGAAAACAACGAAAAGUCCCUGGAGGAGAUUCUAGGCCUUGGUACUCGUACAGGUUUUAAAACGAAGACUGAAGAAUUCUUCAUAGCUUUAAUUCCCUUGUCUUCGAGUGUUUGAUAGUGUUGUAGGUUCUUGGCUUCGCCUCAUAUCGAAUUUCACGCGCUUUCAUUUCUGCUUGGCGUCGGGGCGCGAGCGCGGUGUGUGUGUACGUGUGUGUGUGUGUGUGAGAGACUCUCGGUAAACUCCGGUUAUUUGGUUGUAAGCGAGCUGAUUUAACAUCAUAAUGUUGGAGGAAUGUACAUCGCAGCCAGGCUGGCCGAGUGAAGAAGUGAAAACCGGGACUACAAUCAUAGCGAUUGCGUUUGCAGGCGGAGUUGUGCUGGGCUCCGACUCACGCGUGUCUGCUGGGCAAACAGUGGUGAAUCGAGUCAUGAACAAACUCUCUAAACUACAUGACAAGAUCUACUGUGCUCUGUCCGGGUCAGCUGCCGAUGCUCAGACCAUCGCUGAAAUAGUCAACUACCAACUGGAUGUGCACAGUAUUGAGAUUGAACACGACCCCCUGGUCCGGUCAGCUGCAACGUUAGUGAAGAACAUUUCCUACAAGUAUAAAGAGGAUCUAUCUGCACAUCUGAUUGUAGCAGGUUGGGACAGGAGAGGUGGGGGUCAGGUGUAUGUAACGUUGGAUGGUCUGCUGUCUCAGCAGCCGUUCGCUAUUGGCGGCUCUGGUAGUUCAUACAUCUAUGGGUUUGUUGAUGCAGAAUACCGAAAAGGCAUGACACGACAAGAAUGCCAGAAGUUUGUUGUAAAUGCACUGACACUUGCUAUGGGCAGAGAUGGUUCUAGUGGAGGCGUGGCUUACCUUGUUACCAUUGAUGAAAAGGGGACAGAGGAGAAGUGCAUUCUGGGAAAUGAACUACCUAAAUUUUUUGAUGAAUGAAAAAGAGUGUUGCUGCAUUUAACUCUUUAUUAUGCACAGCAGUGAACCUUAUAACAAUCUUUCCAUACACAAUUAUUUACUAAUCAUUCUUGGGCCAUUUUUACAUUUAGUCAUUUUUAUUUCCAGAGGAGUGUUGUUAACUGGAGAUUAUUAGCUGAAAGACCCCGGUAAUGCUGUUAAACACAGUCCAUUUGUGUCAGCACACCACACUACUAUUUUAGCUUCACUGCUGGACUGAAACCCAUCACUAAAAUAUCAAAAAAAUUCAGCUAUUUGGUACCAUUGGCCUAACACACUGGCAGUGUUUUUUAUAUUGACAUUAUAUCCAUUACUUUUAAAUUGUCACAAAUAAAUGCAGUUCCACAAA